AACCCCGCUGCAACGUAGGGAGGGGGCUGGAUUCGCCCAGGAGCUGGUGGAGAAGCGGGCUGAAACAAUCGAGUGGGCGCGCCAGGACUCCCCGGCUGCAGGCGGGGAGGGGAGAGGGAGCCCCGGUUCUGCGCAGAGAGGGGGCGGGGUUGGGGGGCCCCGAGAACAGCGAGGAGGCGGGGGUGGCCGCCGAGCUGGGGAAGCGGUCCCCCCCCAACUCCCGGGAGGCGAGAACUCGUUCGGACAGCACACUAAUUGGAGAUAACUGAUUAAUUCGAGCUUCUGAUGACUAUAAAUGGCGAUUCUUUACCAAGGUGUCUUUAUUUAAAAAAAAAAAAAAAAUCGUUCCGUGUCAUCCCCCACGUCAGGCCGGCUCGUGGGCGUGAGGCUGUACUUCCUCCGCCCCCUCCUAAUGGAGUGAACCAUUCCCAGCUCUCCCCCUCCCUCGGCCUCUCUCUCUCUCUCUCUCUCUCUUUCUCUCCCUUCCUCGCUCCCUCUCUUUCUCUCCUCCCUCUGCCUUCUCCGUGCAUAAAGUCUCCGUCGCUCCUGGAACUUGUUGGCAAUGCCUAUUUUUCAGCUUUCCCCCGCGUUCUCCAAACUAACUAUUUAAAGGUCUGCGGUCGCAAAUGGUUUGACUAAACGUAGGAUGGGACUUAAGUUGAACGGCAGAUAUAUUUCACUGAUCCUCGCGGUGCAAAUAGCGUACCUGGUGCAGGCCGUGAGAGCAGCGGGCAAGUGCGAUGCGGUCUUUAAGGGCUUUUCAGACUGUUUGCUCAAGCUGGGCGACAGCAUGGCCAACUACCCGCAGGGCCUGGACGACAAGACGAACAUCAAGACCGUGUGCACAUACUGGGAGGAUUUCCACAGCUGCACGGUCACAGCCCUUACGGAUUGCCAAGAAGGGGCGAAAGAUAUGUGGGAUAAACUGAGAAAAGAAUCCAAAAAUCUCAACAUCCAAGGCAGCUUAUUCGAACUCUGCGGCGGCGGCAACGGGGCGGCGGGGCCCCUGCUCCCGGCGCUGCCCGUGCUCCUGGUGUCUCUCUCGGCAGCUUUAGCGACCUGGCUUUCCUUCUGAGCUCCGGGCCGGCUCCCCCCGCGCGCGCCCGCACUCACGCCAUGCUCCCGGAAACCGAGAGGAAGAUCCAUGCGUUCUUUGGGGACGUUGUGAUUCUCUGUGAUGCUGAAAACCCUCAUAUGGGAAUUGUGGGAAAUCCUGAUUCUCUUUCUGAUUUCGUUUGGUUCCUUGUGUUCCAUUUGCCAAAUGUUACCGAUCAGUGAGCAAGCGAGCACAGCCAAAAAUCGGACCUCAGCUUCAGUCCGUCUUCACACAGAAACACGAAAACGGCAAACCCACCCCAUUCUUUUUUUUUUUUCCUUUUUAUUUUUUUGGCACAAGAAUCUCAGGAACGGCCCUGGGCCGCCUACUAUAUUAAUCAUGUGAAUACAUGACCAAUGAUGGGCUCCUCCUAACAGGAAAGAGGAGAGGAGAAGGCCAGGGGAAUGCAUUGAAGAGAGCAGCAUCUCGUGAAUAAUUCACGCUCACUGUCUUUCUAACACAGAAUCUUGUUUUGAUCAUUUCCACUGCACAUUUCUCCUCGAGAAAAGUGAAAGGACAGAUGGUUGGCCUUGUGUUUCAAGGCUAGGAUGGGGAGAGCGAGGGAGUUGAGGAAACCUCGGGUCAGAGGUACAGGCUGCCAGAAGCACCGCUGCUGAAGUCACUGAGAGGUUAAGCUUUACCUGCUCGUUGAUGCAUCUUUCAAAGUCCACUGCCUUGGUUUCCCUCUUGUUUUAGCUGUUCCACAUACGGUAAUACCUGAAUAUCCAACGGUAUAGAUCACAAGGGGGGGGGGAUGUUAAAUGUUAAUCUAAAAUAUAGUUAAAAAAAGAUUUUGACAUAAAAGAGCCUUGAUUUUAAAAAAAAGAGAGAUGUAAUUUAAAAAGUUUAUUAUAAAUUAAAUUCAGCAAAAAAAAAAGAUUUGCUACAAAGUAUAGAAAAGUAUAAAAUAAAAGUUAUUGUUUGAAA